UGGUGCCUGAUAAGCUGUUGGCAGUUCUCUUCUCAUUGCUUUGGAUGUGGAUGCGCGACCAGUGGGCCCUCCAGCACAUUGUCUCUCAGAACAGCGUUACAAUACUCAAGCAUUUCUUGUCGCAAGUUGACAUGGCUCCUCAUGCGACAGACAGUCCGGAGCCCGCUUCACUUGACAUCCCAGAGAGACUAAAGUCUACCAAAGAGUCAACACAUCAACAGGGCUAUCGCUCUUUACCUCUGCCAAAUCCAUGCCUCUCCUACUGGCAUCGCACAACGCGAGCUUUCAAGUAUCUCAAUGCGAACGAGCAUGUUCCAGUUCCGCAAAGUGCGAAAUACGUGAUCAUCGGCUCCGGACUCUCAGGUUCCUUGACAGCAUGGUCUCUAGUGGUUGACCACGGCGUGCCAGCAACAGACGUACUCAUCCUCGAAGCUCGCGAAGCGGUUUCUGGAGCUUCAGGUCGUAAUGCAGGCCACGUUCGACCGGAUGCCUUUCGAGGCUUCGCAGCAUAUUCAAGAAUCCACGGUCCAGAACAAGCCAAGAAGAUCAUUGAGAGUGAGAAACUCGUAUUCGAGCGAUUAGACGCUUUCGUCCGCGAGCACAACGUCCCAUGCGACUUCAACUCAACCACGACAUUCGAUGUCUGCCUGACACCAGAAUUUGUGGAGUACCAGAAGGAAUCAUUUGCAGCGUAUAAGGCGGCUGGCGGGGAUGUGUCGCACGUGCAGUACUUCGAAGGCGACGAAGCGAAGGCAAAGACCCGAGUCGCAGGCGCAAUCGCUGCUUACGAAUGGCCAGCUGGGUCGAGUCAUCCUGCAAAGCUUGGACAGUGGCUGCUAGAGCAGCUGGUCGAAAAAGGUAUCGGCUUGUGGACGCAUUGCCCUGUCACGGAAGUCAGCAAGCACCAGACGUCCGGCCCAAGCACCCAGGCGAUGUGGGACGUGAUCACUGCACGCGGCACAGUCGCCUCGCAGAUAUUCGUGCAUUGUACAAAUGCCUAUGCUGCACACCUGCUGCCCGAGCUGUCAGCGUUCGUGACACCGAACCGCGCUCAAGCACAUUCGAUCGUGCCAGGUGCCGAGCUCUCGGGAUCAAAUGCCAACACGAAUACCAUGUCACUGCGGUACGGGCUGAAGCAUUUCUUCUCCUUCAUCCAGCGCGCAGUGGAUGGGACGGUGGUAUUUGGUGUGUCCAGAGAAAACCCCACCUGGAGCGAAGCCACAAAGAGCUCAAUCGCCUCUUUCGAUGACACGGAGUACACUGCAGAGAUUGCUGGAUCAUCUGCAGAAGCUUACAGGAAGCUGUUCGUGACGGCCAGACCGGACUCGGCUCGGCAUGGAGAGGGUGUCGAUCAUUCGUGGACGGGAAUUAUCGCCAUGACACCGGAUUCCGUACCGAUGGUUGGAGCAGUUGAAGGCAAAGAAGGGCAAUUCAUCCUGGCGGGACACAAUGGACAUGGCAUGGCCCGAAUCUGGAUGUGCGCGCCUGGACUUGCGAAGAUUAUCCUUGGUAAAUUGUGGUCCGCAACGGCUCUGCCGGAGUGCUUUCAAUACAGUAAAUCCAGACUGGCGCGAGCGGCAUCACAGAAUGUGCGCAGCGUUUGGUGAGCAUCUUGGCAGUGGCCUGAGAUAUGGGUUCCAAGCAAUACGUUCUUGGUAUUGCAUGUGCAUUCCUAUUGAUCUAAUCAGCAGUGAGUUCGCAGCAACGUGGC